AUGGUUAUGAUGUGUUCAAUACCACUUUGUAAAAGUGUUGCAUCAAAAAAACACAAUGUUAAACUACACAAGUUUCCAGCAUCAGAAGAACUUCGGCGUAUAUGGAUAGACCGUAUUAUGGCAUAUUAUCCUAAUUUUAAAAUUAGCAAAUUCAGUUUAGUGUGUAGUAAACACUUUGCUGAAAUUGAUUUUUUUAAAACCACUAGAUCUACAUCCUUUUCACUAUGUAAAGAUGCAGUACCCUCAUUAUUUGACGUUGAUGAAUGUGUAUAUGUUUUCAAUGAUGGUGAACUUGAUGGUGAUUCUGAUAUUACUAGCCUAUCUAUUGUUGAUGUUAUGGAAACUUCCAUAGGUGUAACUACACCUAUUACUGUUGAUGGUAAGGAAGUUACACCAUCAAAGAUGAAUGAUAGUUUUGAUAUUGUUGAAGUUACACCAUCAAAGAUGAAUGUUAGUUUCGAUAUUGUUGAAGUUACACCAAUAUAUUCAUUUGGUAAAGAUGCAGUAUCCCCGUUGCUUGAUGGUGAUUCAGAUAUUACUAGACCAUCUAUUGUCGAUGUUAUGGAAACUUCCAUAGGUGUAACUACACCAACAAAGAUGAGUAAUAACUCCAAUAUUUCUGAACCAUCCAACGCUGAUGUCAUGGAAACUUCCAUUUUGGAUAUUCAAGUACCAGUAACUCCAAAAAGAAUGACAAAUACCUCCAAUAAGCCUAUGGAAAGAAAAUGGGUAUUUGGUGAUUUUAAAGCUGAUGACUUGAAUACUCCCAGAAAACGAAAACGAUAUUGGGAUAUAUCACAACAAACUGUGUCUAAAUACAAAUGUAAAACAAAAUUGUUGCAGAAUAAGAAUACGUGGUUGACCAAGAAAGUUAAAAAUUUAUGUCAAUUGAUCGAUCAUCUCAAAGAAGAGAACAAAAUUUCAGAAAGCUGUUUUUCUCAUCUUAAGGAGGCUGAUGUGGCUAUACGCAGUAGCGGUGGUGCAAACAACUGGUCAAGGUUAUCCCAAAGAAAAAGCGUAGGAACUACCUAG